AAAAUGUACCCUCCCUCUUUCCUGCAAACCCCACGGAUUAACCACCACAAAUCAAAAAUCAAAAUCCCUAAAAAAGUAAAAAUGGCUUCCUCCAUCUCAAUUGCUCGUCUGAUUAGCCACUAAAUCUCGAUUAAUCGCAAAAGUUUCCUUCUCCUUCGAUGGUUGCUGUGGUGGGCGCUGCUUUUUUGGCUCGCGUGAGGGAAGGAAUGCUUGUUUGGGGACGUUUGACAUUGAAGUCGGGCUAUGUGCCUGUGUCGAGAUCCGGUAAAAUCCGGCCAGUGUCGGACGUGAAUUGAAGGAAUCGGAUGAUUUCUGAGGUAAAAUCAAAUGCUUGGAUGAAAAGGGAAUGAAAUUUAGGGUUUUUAUCUGGGUUGUAAUCUGAUCCCAGGAUCAGAGAGAGAAAGAGAGAGAAUUUGAGAUUUUCGUAACCCUACGGAAGGGCCGGUUUGAAGGUGACGGAGAAUUGAAUGUGGACACGGAGAGAUAGAGAAAGAGAGUAUAGAAUCGAGCGGCGAGAUUUUAAUCUCUCCAACUAGACCCUCAGAGAAAAGGGAAUCGAGUGGCAGAAAGAGAGGGAUUUCGAGGGGUUCGAUGGAGAAAAUGUUAGCUUUAAAUCAAAGGAUUUUGAAUCCUGAAGAUUGUAAUUGUAAUAGGAAUUCAAAAUUUUUGUCUGCAUCCUGCAGAGAGAGCAAUAUAUGGAGCCAAGGGAUCUUUUAGUCCAGAGCCUCUACUUAAUAUCUUUUUUCCUUUUUCGUUCUUUCAUUUUUGUUGUUUUUAUAUUUGUUCAUCAUUAACUGUAUGAUUUGACUUAAAGUGGAAUCGAAAUUUAUUUUGUAUUUAGUUUACACUUAAAGUGGAAUCGAAAUUUAUUUUGUAUUUAGUUUACACUUGACACACACUUGACACAAGUUAGUGAGGUUAUGCAAGGCAAUUAAUGUCAUUACAUGGUUUAACUCAGAUUUAAAAAUCUAAGUUUGAGAGAUGAUAUAACCACUCAAGUGAUCGUAACUUUUUAGAAUAACCUACUGGUAUCCACAAGGUGAAUUGAAAACUUUAUUGUGAGAGGGAUGGUUGUAUGUUAUGGGAGUGUACUUGAUAUUCUUUGCCGUCACAUAUUUGGGAAGAGUAGACUUUAUGAAGUUCAGUUAUAGAAAUGCAAUGAACAAGUGUACGGGUUCAACUACUUGUUAGUCUUGGUUAAAGGAGGCAUUUCCUUGCUAGUGAUCUUGGGAUCAACUAUUUGUCAUAUUGCCACAGCACUGAGGUUCUUGAUUGUUGGAUUAGCUGGGAUUGCAGUGUUUUUCUUGGCAAAUCUUCCUUCAACUAUAUGGCAGCUACAUUUUUUGUAUAUCAUUAGAAACUUUGAGUUCUCUUUGGUAUCACUUUUUCUUUGGGGUUUUUUCUGGUUUUUUAUUUUAUUUUUUAAUAUAUUAAGCAGUUAUCU